AUGGCCGUGAUUUACUCGCGGGGACCACCUUUUCAAAAACAUUUCAUGUUCAACUAUGCUUUUGUGAUCAAUUUGAUAAUUGUGAUAACGGCCAGCUAUCUCAUGAUCAUGUACUCCAAUCCAUGGUGGUCCACUCUUAUGAAGUUCAAAAUGCCUCCAUCGUAUGAAUACAGGGGUGUAAUAGUUGGUAUAACCACAUUCCACUUCAUUCUGUGCUACCUUUUCGAGAAACAUGUCAUUGGGGAAUAUGUUGAAACCAUUGUUCAGCCCUGGCUGUCUAAGCUGUGCUUAAAGACGGCAACUAAAUAUGAAAUCAUCGAAAGAGAACUCAGUGUCAAUGAAGAAUGGCCUCGCGUGACUAGAAUGGAUAUUGAUCAUUUCAUGGAUAGGGAGGUUGACGUUGAACCAGAUACCGAGUCAGAGCAACCUAUAAAUUCGCUUAAUGAAAAACGCCAGGAAUGUCCUCCUGAAGUGAACGAUCAUGCAAAAAAAGUGUUCCUUCCUAACCCAACUUUGAAAAUGUUUUUAGUAGAAAUUCUCUACCCCCCGCAACAAAAUCCGAUCUCGACCUUCUGA